AAAUUAUUCCGAGCCGUUGAACGCAGGCAAGUGUUGUACGCCAGGGAGGGCUGGACCAUGCUUAUAAGGAUGAAAUUAUUCCAAGCCGUUGAACGCAGGCAAGUGUUGUACGCCAGGGAGGGCUGGACCAUGCUUAUAAGGAUGUGCAAACUUUCUCAAGUAUUGUAUAUAAGUAUAGCAUUUGUGCUAAACGUAUGUCUGGUUUGCAAUGCAUUGGACGACGAGAUUGUGUCACUUCCGGGCCUUUCAAAGCAAAUUCAAUUCAAACAAUAUUCCGGUUAUUUGAAUGCCUCGAAGGGAAGGCAUUAUUUCUAUUGGUUUUUUGAAUGCGAAAAAGACCCGCAAAAUGCACCGGUAGUCCUAUGGUUAAGUGGCGGCCCCUGUGCCAGUUCACUACUGGGUAUGUCCACUGAGAAUGGUCCCUUCAGAUUCAAACAAGAUGGUAAAACUGUUGAAUUGGCCGAACAUAGUUGGAAUUUAGUGGCAAAUGUCUUAUACCUGGAGUCGCCGUCGGGAACGGGAUUUAGUUAUGACGACAAUAAUAACUACACUAAUAAUGACGAGUCGACUGCUUUGGAUAACUACUUAUCUCUCGAAAUGGCAAAUGUCUUAUACCUGGAGUCGCCGUCGGGAACGGGAUUUAGUUAUGACGACAAUAAUAACUACAUUAAUAAUGACGAGUCGACUGCUUUGGAUAACUACUUAUCUCUCGAAAGUUUUUUCAUAAAAUUUCCACAAUUUAGGAAAAACGAGUUUUACAUCACAGGCGAGAGUUAUGCCGGCGUUUAUAUACCAAUGUUAGCCACAAAAAUAUAUUCACAUAACUCUACCAUCAAUUUAAAAGGAUUAUCUAUUGGAAAUGGAUUACUAUUAAACAAACAGAAUCAACUAUAUUUUGAUCAAUCCGUCUAUGACUAUGCUUUAGGCCACGGAUUGAUCACAACCGAUGCCUACGAGAAAAAACUGGAAAACUGUUGCGAGUGUACGGCCGGUGCGGUUCAACACCAGUGCGAUUUCAGUAACCCUCCCAAUAAAACCAAGUGCGAUUUAGUACAAAUAAAUACAACCAAUGUUAUCAACCCAUACAACAUCUACGACGACUGUCCCGUAGACGUUGAGAUACCGCCGCACUCGCUAUUUGACACGUAUAUAAGGCCAGCAUUUAAACGGAUUGGCAUUAAUUAUAAACUCAAGUCAAACAUCGGGGUAAACGCGCGGCCAGAAUGUGUCAGAACCGGCAUAACUGCAUACCUGAACACCGAUGCCGUCCGGCGGGCACUACACGUACGGCCGGGCAGUAAAAAGUGGGCACAAGUGGGCACUGACUACGAUUGGCAACACUUAAAUACACCGCAAGCAGACAUUGUUAAGCAAUUGAUAAAUACAUAUAAAAUACCAAAACUGAUUGUAUAUAACGGAGACUUCGAUUCAAUUUGUAAUUUCAUUUCAAAUCAACGGUUUGUCGAGAGUCUAGGCUUUCAAACGGCCGGUCAUUACAGGGAGUGGACAGUCGACGGCACCAGUGAUGGAGUGAUCGGCGGUUUUAUACAGAACUACGAAAAGGGAUUGAGUUUUGUGGUGGUUAGAGGGGCCGGACAUAUGGUGCCCACCGAUAAGCCUGAGGCCGGACUGCAAAUCCUUAAAUCAUUGCUUGGAUUAGCAAAAUUGUAAAGUUUAUAAAAC